AUGGGUAGCAAGGCACCAAGUUGGUCUGACCAAUGGGGAAAUGGUGGGCUUGGCAGUGACGAGUAUGAGGAUGAUGUGAUGGUGAAGAACAAUAAGAGCAAUGGAAGUGGCAAGAUGGCAGAUGCAAAGGCUAUGGCGUCGGUUAGUAUGGGCAAAGCCAAAACAGUUGCAAUCGUCAGUGCCGACAAAGCUAAGUCAGCUGCUGUGGUAGGUGCUCAGAAAGUGAAGAGUGGAACCUCUGCUGGAUUCAAAUGGAUCAAGAAUCAGUGUCAGAAAAAGAAGUAA